CAGCAAAAGUAAUCGAGAAGGGUUGAAGAAGUCUACCCGAAGAAGUUGGAUGACGAGGAAUCCAAACGGUCAACGCAGCGAACCCAAAACGCCAUUUGGAAGAAGAGUCAAAGCUGCUACGGGUCCGAACUUCUCGCAACGCUCCAAAUAACCCAACAACGAAAGCCUUCUUCUCUUCCUCAUCAUUUAAACUUUCAGAGACGCACACAGAGAGGGAAUUACAGAAUUAGAGAAGACAGAAGAGAGCAAGAAAUGGAAUUUGCGAAAUUUGAGGAAAUUGGAUCUUCUUCUUCUUCAAUGAUUUGCCUUUGUAGAAUAUGCCAUGAGGAGGAGGAAGAGGAAGCCACAAGCAUGGAAUCCCCAUGCGCUUGCUCUGGAACUCUGAAGUUCGCUCACAGGCGAUGCAUACAGAGGUGGUGCGAUGAGAAAGGGAGCACAAUUUGUGAAAUUUGUCUUCGGAAAUUUGAACCAGGCUAUACAGUAACCGCCCCUUCGCCUUCCAAGCCACACAUGAUUGAAGUUGUUAUAACAAUAAGGGGAAGCCUGGAAGCAGCAAGGCUGAACAACGAGCUCCAAAACCAAGCAACGGAGGCGGGGCCCGGGAAACACAAAACUGCCGAGGGGUCGCCGUCGUCCUACCAUACCAGUUCCUGCUUCCAAUCCGUAGCUUUAAUGCUUACCAUGUUGUUCUUCCUGAGACAUAUAGUUGCAGUGAUACUGGCUGGCAAUGAUUACUAUUCAUUCAGAUUUUUCUUUAUAUAUCUUCUACGAGCUGUAGGAGUCUUGCUGCCGUUUUAUCUGAUGCUGCAGUUGAUUAAUAUAAUCAUAAAUGCAAAGAAGCUACAGCGGCUGCAUGUAAGUUCUGUUGAUUUUUCGAAAAGUUUUACAUUUAUGGCUACAAGAAAAGUUAAAAUUAUGAAUUUUUUGUAAACAGGAUAGGAAUGGGGAGUCUGACAAUGAUGAUAUUGAGGAGCAGUAGAGUUCAAUUUGAAGCUUAUCGAAGCCAUAAAUUCAUACAGGGGCAUGAAUUAACAAAGCUGUGCCUUUGCAAUUAUUAUUAUUAUUAUCAUUAUUUUUAAUGUUUUUUGCAUUGUAUGGUGAAGCUUAUAUUUUGAUUAUAGUAAGCUCCCACACUUUGCUCUGAAGUAGGAGAAAAUAUUACAUAUGUUGUUCGCAUGUGCUGACACCCAAUCAAAAACUUGUUGAUUGUCUGCACAUGCGAAUAAGGUUAUGUAAGUAGAAAUUAAUUUAAAAAUAAU